CCUCCCGCACGGCCCUCGCGCUCCUCGCGCUCCUCGAGGACCAGGUCCUGCCCGCGACAUCUCCGUCGGCGGAGAGCCAUGGAGGCUUCCCCUCGCGCCACGGACAUGACCUGACCCCUUGGGGGCUCCGAAGCCGCAGCGCGCAACCCGCAGCAACCCGCAGCAUGCAGGACUCGGCCCUGGACCGCCUCCUCCGCAGCCGCAGCGAGCCGGAAGUGCGCGCCGGGCUCGCGCUGCCCGCCAGGGAGAAGUCCCUGAGCGAGCGCGCCGUCCACCUUGUCCACCAUGCCGGCGUCUCCGCGCACCCCGCGGCCGCGGCUCGCGCUAUCGAGGGGAAUUCACUUGCGGUCGCGGGCAAGCCGGCCUACACCCUCAUCCACAUGGACGCGGACGACGAGCCAACGGCGCGGUCCAGCUCCAGCCACAGCUCCAUGCCCGGCUUGAAGAGCUGGUGCGGCCGGUGGGCGCGGCACCACGACGACGAGUCGGAGGCGCGCGCCAUCGACAAGACGGGCGCCUGCAACGUGACGCCCGUCAACAACGUGGACCGCAACCGGCGCUUCAUGCAGGACCUCUUCAACACGCUGGUGGACUGCCGCUGGCGCUACACGCUGCUCGCCUUCGUGCUGGGCUACGUCGUCAGCUGGAUGGUGUUCGCCCUCAUCUGGUACCUGAUCGCGGCCGCGCACGGAGACCUCGGGAGAGGCACGCCUGCGCCCGGCGAGCCUCCGCCCUGCGUCGUGAACAUCAACGACUUCACGGGCUGCUUCCUCUACUCUGUCGAGUCGCAGAUGACGAUUGGCUACGGCACUUCGUACCCGUCGCAGGAAUGCCCCGAGGCCAUGUUCGUGCUCUGCAUGCAAAGCAUCCUGGGCCUCAUCAUCCAGGCCUUCACGGUGGGGAUGGUCUUCGCGAAGCUGACGCGGCCGAAGCGCCGCUCGCAGACGCUGCUCUUCAGCCGGCGCGCCGUCGUGAACCUGAGGGACGGCCGCCUGUGCCUGCAGUUCCGGGUGGCGGACAUCCGCAAGACGCACAUGGUGGACGCGCGGCUCCGGGCGCACCUGCUGCACACGCGGCGCACCGCGGAGGGCGAGAGGCUCGACACGCACCGCACCGAGCUCAAGCUCACCGUGGACAGCGUGUACGGCAAGCUGUUCCUCAUCUGGCCGCUGACCGCGGUGCACCGCCUGGACCACAACAGCCCGCUGUACUACCACUCGGCGCAGGACUUGCUGCGGUCCAAGUACGAGAUCCUCGUGUUCCUCGAGGGCACCAUCGAGUCCACCGGCCAGGUGGUGCAGGCGAGGUCCUCCUUCUUGCCGUCCGAGGUGCUGUGGGGACACCGUUUCGAGCCCGUGGUGCGAUACGACCGCUUCCUGCAGAGCUACGAGGUGGACAACAGUCGCUUGCACCAGACCGUGCAAGUGGACGCCCCCCUGUGCAGCGCCUACGAGCUAGACCUCCUGUUUCAAGACCGUGCGCCCGUGGGCACGGACUACGGCAUGGCCCCGGCCAACAACGCCUACCCGCAGUACAGCUACGGAUACGCCGCCUACCCGGAGGGUUCCGACGCCCCCGACGGCAACGACCACGACCGCCACGGCCACGACCGCCACGGCCACGUCCAUGACACGUACAUGUACAUGAAUGCGGCUGUGUGAUAUUAAACAUGCAAACCUCA